AUGGUGUUCCGUUGGUGUAUUGUGGUGCUGCUCGUGCUGUGGUGCUGCUGCUGCUGCGUCGCGACGGUGACGACAUCUGGAAGCGAUUCGGAUGCGACCGUUGAGUCGGAUCGCUCCGAAACGGAAGGAAGUGGGCCAGACACUGUCGAGAAACCGGAAGACGGCAGCAGUUUCAUCGACCAAUACGAGUCCGGGGUCCAGGCGUAUCUUAUUAACGAGUGGGAAGACUGCGUUUACUGGCUCGAGCGUGCACUCGACGGGUACCGGACGUACUACGAGUCGGUGGCCAAUUGCCGCAUCGAAUGCGAAUACGCGGCGCGCGACGUGAAGCACCGCGGCGACUUUCUGCAUGGCAGUAACGUGGAAAACCUGCAGCACUACGAGCUUAUCCUGCGCCGGACGCUGUGCCUGUCCCAGUGUGCGCGCCGCUAUGCCAUUCACCGGUACCUGCCGUUCAGCGAGGACUUCGAUGGCCACUACAUGGACAUCUUCCAGGAGCUGAAGGCUUAUCCGUAUCUGCAUUCGUGCUACUUGCGGACAAACCGCAUCACACUGGCCGCGUCUGCUGCUUACACGUACAUCGUGCGUCAUCCCGACCACAGCGUGAUGCGGAAAAGCUUCGAAGAAGCGAUCGAGAAGCCCGGCAUCGAUCGGGAAGGCGUCCGUGAUAUGGAGGAAAGGAAAUUUGUUCCGCUACUUAUCGGUGGCAUCGUGGACGAGCAGGAUCGCCACUGGGAGCAGGCCGUCGAGAAGCUAGAACACUCGAUCAUGCAGUUCAUCUUCGACGAGAACCAGUGUCGGGCUUUCUGCGAGGGCGAGUUUGAUCACGGGUUUCUGCCCGAUUUCAUAACGGCGAUCGGAAACCACUUUGCCAACAUGCUGUACUGUAAGCGCAACUGUACCACCAACAUGGGUAUGGUGCGCGGCAAAUACUACGAAAAUCUGUUUGCUCGGCACUACCGCUAUCUGCAGAAUGCCUACUAUCAAGUGGGCAAGCUCGAGGAAUCAUACCGGGCCGGUAUGAGCUACCUGUUGUUCCAUGUGGACGAUCUGGACAUGCCGGAGGCACUGAAAACAAUCGAAGUCGAAGCGAAAGGGUCGGUGACGGCAAAGUUCUUCAAACCGCGUCGUGAAGCGAUCGAGUAUCAUGAUCGUAUGGUGUAUGAGGAAAAAUUGGCGAGCUUUAUGAAGCACGAGUUCGAUCGUCUAGAUGACCAGGGUUCGGAUCAGGCUGAGGAUGAAGAUGACCCAGACCAUGGCACGUACUCGACAGAAACAAACGACAAUCCCCUGUCUGAUGCGAAUGCUGACGAAGAGGAUAGUAAAGAACUGGAUGCGCUUUUUAAUGAGGAAACUCAAUCGCCACCAGAUGUGAUCAGCGUACUGUAUUCUGCGGAACCCGGGGGCUACACCGAUCACCAUGAACUGUAGCGGGAGCGCUCGAAUCGAGAUUCACCACCAUCGGUGUUUGUGCCAUAGCCGCGUUUUAUAGUCAAUUC